AUGCCUCGCUCAGAAGAAGCUGCCUCGUGGUACUCUGCCGUCUACAGAGCGGUACGAGAGAUCCCAGCUGGAAGUGUCACUUCGUACGGCCACAUUGCACUACUUCUCGGAUACCCUGAACGCCCACGCCAGGUGGGUAUGUGUUUGAAAUACCUGCCAUCCGCGACGGAUCAGCCCGGUGCUCGCCACAAUAGCGAUACCGUUCCGUGGCAGAGAGUCAUCAAUUCGAAAGGAGUCAUUUCACCCAGAGGAGUCAACGGAGCAGCCCYUCAAGAAGCAGCUCUCAUACAAGAGGGCAUCACUGUUGGGCGUGGAAGCUUAGGCGAACGUAUAGUUGACUUUGACGUUUUCGGUUGGUUUCCUGCCAGGCUGCCUUCGGAAGAAGGUGAAGCUGAGGAUGAGGAUGGAUCCGGCUAA